CAACUCUUAAAACUCUCUCUCUCUCUCUCUCUCUCUCUAAUUCCUUCUCCUGAAUCUUAUCAUGGAACUAGGACCAAAAUCACCCUUGCAACCACCAACUUAUGGAAAAGUAAUCACUGUUCUUAGCAUUGAUGGAGGUGGCAUAAGAGGGAUUAUCCCUGGGAUAAUUCUAGGCUUUCUAGAGUCACAACUCCAGAAACUGGAUGGUGAGGAUGCAAGAAUUGCAGACUAUUUCGACGUGAUUGCAGGAACAAGCACCGGUGGUAUUGUGACCGCCAUGUUAACUACACCAAAUGAAGAGAACAGCCGCCCUAAAUUUGCUGCCAAAGACAUCAAGGAGUUCUAUCUUGAACAUUGCCCUAAAAUCUUCCCUCAGGAAAGUGGUCGAUUUGCUCAUGGUACAAAAAUCAUCAAGGCCCUCUCAGGACCAAAAUAUGAUGGCAAGUAUCUCCACAAUAUUGUAAGGGAAAAAUUGGGAAACACGCGGUUGCAUGAAACAUUAACUAAUGUUGUGAUCCCUACUUUUGAUAUCAAGAGACUCCAGCCAACUAUCUUCUCAAGCUAUCAGGUGAAGAACAAUCCAUGCUUAGAUGCCUUGCUCUCCGACAUUUGCAUAUCAACUUCAGCUGCCCCGACCUAUCUUCCUGCCCAUAACUUCAAAACCAGUGAUUCCUCUGGAAAAGUGAGAGAAUUCAAUCUUAUUGACGGCAGUGUAGCAGCUAAUAAUCCGGCUUUGGUGGCGAUGGGUGAAGUGACAAAGGAGAUUAACAGGGGCAAUUCUGACUUCACUUCUAUAAAUCCGGACUAUGAUAGGUUCAUUGUUGUAUCCUUAGGGACUGGUACAGCGAAAGCAGAAGAAAAAUAUGAUGCAGAUGAAGCAGCAAAAUGGGGUGUUUUGGGAUGGUUGACAAGUGAUGGUUCUACUCCAUUAGUGGAUGUGUUUACUCAAGCAAGUGGUGAUAUGGUUGACUUCCACAUUUCAACUGUUUUUCAAGCCCUUCGCUCUGAAGAAAAUUACCUUCGGAUUCAGGAUGACACAUUAAGUGGGAUAGUGUCAUCGGUCGAUAUUGCAACCAAAGAGAACUUAGAUGAUCUAGUGAAAGUUGGGGAAGAACUGUUGAAGAAACCAGUUUCAAAGGUGAAUUUAGAGACCGGUGUCUGUGAACCGUUUAACAAGGGUACUAAUGAGGAGGCACUUAUAAGGUUGGCAGAAACUCUAUCCAAGGAGAAGCAGCUUCGCGAUACCAGAUCACCACGUGUUGCGAAGUCGAACUAAUAAAUUUUUCAACAUUAAUUUAUUUCAUUAAUUAAAUAUAUUCAUUGUUUGAAUAAGUCAUGGUUAUGCCAUUGUAGGUGACAAGAGUCAUUUGAAAUUCCUUUUGUGUAAGUAAUUUGAAUAAAUUCACAUUUAUUAUUUUGUAAUUCUUAGACAUAUGAGUGCUAAUUAUGCCAUUUCGCUCAUUGUAAUUCAUAAUUCAUCGUAUGAGUAAGUCAUGGAUAUUCCAUUGUAGGUGACAAGACUUGUUUGUAAUUUUUUUUGUAAGUUAUUUGAAUAAAUUCAUAUUUAUUGAUUGGAA